CAACAGGCCAUGAACCUACACAUAAAUACCCCGUCAAUAUCUCAUUGAUGUGACUGGGGAAUUAUCUAGAUCUCGUUAGGUUUUUUGAUACUCAGCAUCAAUCAUGUCCCAGGUCUAUCUCAUCACCGGUUGCUCAUCCGGUCUCGGUCAUGAACUUGCCCGUCAGGCACUCCAGCGCGGGCACAAAGUGAUUGCAACUGCUCGCGAUCUUGAUAAGCUCUCCGCAUUACAGAAGCUGGGUGCAGCCACGCUGGCGCUCGAUGUGACAGCACCGCAGUCGGAACUGAAUCGAACAGUAACAGCCGCCCUUGGAAUUUAUGGCAGCAUUGAUGUUUUAGUGAACAAUGCGGGCUACACGCUUUUCGGAUCAGUGGAAGAUCUCAGCUACGAGGAGUGCCUCAGGGAAUUUCAGACAAAUGUGUUCGGGCCUAUCGGUGUCACUCGUGCCAUGCUGCCUCAUUUUCGUCGUCGAAAUGGGGGAACGGUAGUCAACAUUGGCUCGCUUUGCGCGUGGGAGACAUACCCGGGGGCCGGCGCAUAUAGUGCCUCCAAGGCAGCUAUACGAUAUUUUACCGAGGCGCUUAGCCAGGAGACCAGCAGCACAGGCAUUAGAACCCUUCUGGUCGAGCCUGGCCAGUUUCGUACUGAACUCCUGAAUCCAGGGAAAAGUACAUUUAUUGAGACCGAUAUACCGCAGUACCGAGACGUGAUACCUGCUUCUUUCGCAGCAUUCCGUAACAUACAUGGCAAGCAACGGGGAGACACGAGCAAGGCCGUAGCUCGUAUAUUGGAUGUCGUCCAUGGCGAAAACGAGGCCAGUGGCCGAGAGUGGCCAGGAGAAUUGGUUCUAGGACCAGAUGCAGUGGAAGCUAUUCGGAGCAAGUGCCAACGAACGCUGAAGCGGUUGAAUGAGUGGCAAGAUUUCUCAUCGGAGACCGACGCUGAAUGCUCUUAGCUCGGUAUGAUACGGUCGAUGCAGGGCAGUCAAGAAUUGAGGGCCUCUCCGUUGCAUAAUCGUGUUAUCUGGGAGCUUUGGCUAGACUACAGAGGACCCCACAGUCACGAACAGUUCGUUCCCCCAAUAUAGAAAUCUGUGGGUCGGCCCACUUUUUGUAAUGUCGAGUGAGGGAGCGGAAGGAAAGCUGUGACUACAUUGCAUUGAUUAGCCAAUAUACUUAUCGUGUAGUAUCUGA